GCGUGCAUGUCAGUUCAAGUCGGAUUUCCUAGUGGCUGCUUGUAGUCACUACAGCUAUAGCUAGCUCGGCAGACAGCAGCGGUACCUUAGUGCCCAACAGAAAGGAUGGCUGGACCAUGGAGAUCCACGAUACUAAACCUACUGGAAAAAAUUGGUUUACGGAUCAAAGACCCCAAUAACAUAACCAAGCCUAAGGAAGUUUCACGGGUCAUGGGGGCGAUGAAGACCCAGACCACUCAACCCAAAAGCUUCUCCCGGGGGAUGCAGACUGUGACGUUAAUCCCCGGGGACGGCAUCGGUCCGGAGAUUUCCACUGCUGUUAUGAAGAUAUUCGAAGCAGCAAAAGCUCCAAUUCAGUGGGAAGAGAAGAAUGUAACAGCCAUUAAGGGACCAGGAGGGAAGUGGAUAAUUCCCCCUGAAGCUAAAGAGUCCAUGGACAAGAACAAGAUUGGCCUGAAAGGACCCCUGAAGACUCCCAUUGCAGCUGGCCAUCCCUCCAUGAACCUGCUCCUCAGGAAGACCUUUGACCUCUAUGCCAAUGUGCGCCCCUGCAUGUCCAUCGAGGGCUACAAGACCCCCUACACCGACGUGGACCUGGUCACCAUCCGGGAGAACACUGAGGGAGAGUACAGCGGCAUCGAGCACACGAUAGUCGAUGGUGUUGUCCAGAGUAUCAAGUUGAUCACUGAAGACGCCAGUAGAAAAAUAGCCGAAUACGCCUUUGAAUACGCCAAGAACAACCAGCGAGCCAGCGUCACCGCCGUGCACAAAGCCAACAUCAUGCGUAUGUCCGACGGACUGUUCCUAAGGAAGUGCCGACAGGUGGCAGAGAACUACAGGGACAUCAAAUUCACAGAGAUGUAUCUAGACACUGUCUGUCUCAACAUGGUCCAGGACCCCACCCAGUUUGACGUGCUGGUCAUGCCAAACCUUUACGGAGACAUUCUGAGCGACCUGUGCGCUGGGCUGAUUGGAGGGCUUGGAGUAACUCCUAGUGGGAAUAUUGGUGCAAACAACGUGGCCAUCUUUGAGUCCGUCCAUGGUACUGCUCCUGAUAUAGCAGGUCUGGACCUGGCCAACCCCACCGCUCUGCUGCUCAGCGCUGUCAUGAUGCUCCGCCACAUGGGCAUGCACGACUACAGCAAGAAGAUUGAGACGGCCUGCUUCAACACCAUCAGAGACAAGAAGGUUCUAACAGGCGAUCUAGGAGGGAAAUCGAAAUGUUCUGAAUUCACAGCUGAGAUCUGCCAAAGAGUACGAGACAUGGACUGAAAGACUCACUGAGACCUGCUCUGACUUCUCAACAAACUGUACCAGCUGGUCGUGACAUCAUCAGAGUUCAGAAGUGGUCUUUCCUGAGAACACAAACUAUCAUUCUCUGAACUUUAACGCACAAUUCUAUUUUAAAUGAUUAUCCAUCUACCUGAAGAUUCAACAUAUGAAUGUUCUGCACUAUUGUCUGUGGUUGAAUGGUUCCUGUCUGUUCUAGUGAGAUAUGUUUUAUUCUUUAAGAUGUACUAUGUUCUCAAGAGGCUAAUCUAAUAUAUUAUUGAAUGGUUCAGGGCUGAAGUGUAUUAUCAUACCUUAUUGAGUGUUUCCAUAUGCUCUGUGGAAGCUGCUUUCAAAGUUAAACUACAGGUGCUAGUCAUAAAAUAAGAAUAUCAUCAAAAAGUUGAUUUAUUUCUGUAAUUCCAUUCAAAAAGUGAAACUUGUAUAAUGUAUACAUCCAUUCCACACAGACUGAUAUAUUUCAAGUGUUUAUUUCUUUUAAUUGUGAUGAUUAUAACUGACAACUAAUGAAAACCCCAAAUUCAGUAUCUCAGAAAAUUAGAAUAUUACUUAAGACCAAUACAAAAAAAAUAUUUCAUUCAUUCAGACAGACACUUGCACAUCUGAGCUGUGUUAUUGGAGGCACAUGGCAUCAGUGGUAAUUGUGAAGAGAAACCUGCUUGCCGUAUCAUAUAAUAUCCCAGAGUUUUUAAGUUUAUGUGCCGUGUUGACCUUUUUCAUUUAUUCUCUUGUCCUUUUUUUGCCAUGUAAGCUUUAAUAAAAGAGGGAUACUAGGAAGUGCUGUGGGUUUAUUUCCUCUGGACUUCCACUAUAUUAAAGUUACUGAUAUUUUGAA